AUCUUGGCACGUUGACGAUGCCAAAAUGUGUUAGUUGAAUUCAUUAUAGCGAAACGCACAGAGGCAGUCAACGAUCUCGUUCUGAGAGGAGUAUUCGCUUUGUUCCGACUGCAGAGUGCAGAAAAAAUAACAUUCUGUGGCCAUGUGAAGUGAUCAUAACGCACUUGGGAUUGGGGCAUUUCCAAAUCGGCGGAUGGGAAACUACCCUUACCGCAGAUAUUCCACAUUACAGCCGCCAACUGGGGGAAAACACAUCACUUGGAGCUGCAAUAAAUUCAGCUUGCUAUCACGCCGAGCGUUCAGUAUCGUUCCAAAGCCAGACGCGCAAAGAUUGCUAAUUUCUACGCCCCAAUCCAGUACCAGUAACCAGUCGACGAGCAUCGGAACAUGGAGCACAUUCAAUUUGUUGGCAAAGCCCUCAGAGCCGUGAUCGUCGGCACUCUGCUGCUCCUGAUGACCGCCAUUUACCGGGAGGACAACAUCUCCGGCUCCCACUACAUCCACCCAAGACACGCCAUGCAGUAGCUCCGCCGUGCUCCAUCUCUCUGGAGAUCGAUAUACCCUAGUCCAAUCAAUCAAAUCGCUCAAAAAGACGCCAGCGUAACCGGUUAUAUGCCGGUUCAACGAUGUAUAGCCAUAUCAACUAACGUUAAGUUUUAAAACAUUAUUUAUGUUCAAUUCAUCCCCUUGAAAAAUAGGCUAACUUAUCUAACUAACAUACGUGCUAUUAUGUUAACACCUAUAAAGACUAUAUAUUAUUAGUUAUAGAAUAUUAAAUGCAAUUUAUUAAAUGAGCACACAUUAAGAGUAUCAA